GGAAGAGAUAAUGUCUGUUCACUGCGACAGCGACGUGGACGCGACGGAGGAGAUCAAUGUCGACGACUCCGACUCCGGGAGUUGCAGUCCCCAUAAUUACACCAACGACAAUCGUCGUCUGCCGCAAGAGCACUCGGAGUGCUCGAAUUCCCCGCCUCCCAGUCAGACCAGCUCGAGGAUCCUGCAGAACGAAUCGCCGAGGAGCCAUCCGUUCAGUAUUAGCCGUUUGCUGGGCGAGAAUCGCUCGCAGAACCCGAAGAGCCCUUCCUCGGAGGAUUUGGACAGCGAUAAGGAAAGGAAGUGGUCUUGGGAAGAGGGUAACAAUAACGGUGGCUUGUCGAUGACCUUGGAUGACGGCAGGAGGUCCUGGGGCCACGAGAUCGAGGAGAAACUGUCCGAAAAGGACGACGACGACACAGGAAGUACUCCCGAGACCCAGACGAAUUCUGUCUCGUCGGUCCACUGCUCCACCGCCGCGGACCUCUUGGCGCCCUUCAGACUUUUUCCAACCGGAACUGGUCUGAUAUACACCGGAGGCGGUGUAAUAAGAGUUCCCGCGCAUCGACCACCCGGUGCUAAUGGCACGACGACUGGUGCACUCCCGGCACAGGCGUUGAUACCGCCGUGGAGUUUGCAAGCUCUUCAACACAGCCAGCAGCAGGCGGCGGCGGCGGGUCUCCACAGGGCGAGCUUACUGGCGAACCUCGCCGCACAUCCGCUUCAGGGACACCCACACCUCAAGGACAGGCUGGCAGUAGCUGGGGCGUUUCCGAGGAGGAUCGGUCAUCCUUACCAAAACAGGACACCGCCUAAGAGAAAGAAACCGAGGACGAGCUUCACCAGGCUGCAGAUCGCCGAGCUUGAGAAACGUUUCCACAAACAGAAAUAUUUAGCGUCGGCGGAGCGAGCAGCCCUGGCGAAGUCGUUGAAGAUGACGGAUGCCCAAGUGAAGACCUGGUUUCAGAACAGACGGACAAAAUGGAGGAGGCAAACAGCCGAGGAAAGGGAGGCUGAGAGGCAGGCGGCGAAUCGGUUGAUGUUGUCUCUCCAAGCUGAAGCUCUCGGGAAGGUAGCUUAUCCGACGACGGUGCCCAGCCAUCCAUCAGGUACCACCGUUACCAGUUUGGACAGGCAGCAACCCCCCACAUCGCUGACCCAUCCCGUUGGCCAGUGGGCCUCGCCGUACGGCCCACCGCAACCCCUAACCGAGCCAAUUUGCUGA